AUGAGCAACAUGCUGAAGUCCAAGCUGAACAUGGAGCUCGUCCAGGACAACAUCCUCUCGCAGGCGGACAACAACGUGGAGUAUUGCUCCGAGAACUGCCAGGAUUUCUCAGAGGCCCUGGCGGAGCAGCGAGAAAAAUUGGAGGACGCGGAAGUGUCCUCGCUUCGGAUGGUGGCCAUCUACCUCCUCCUGCUGGAGAAGGCCAGGGUCGCCCCGAAGGAGAUGCUCUCCAAGGAACUCAGGAAUCCUGCCAACAAGAAAAUCCUACCUCAGCUGCUGGACGUGAUGGCCGGAGCCCAGACGCCGGACGCCCACCAAGCCGCGAUGGAGACGCUGAACUUCCGCUCGACCUUCUCGAUCGACUUGCCCGAGCGAUAUCUCUGGGCCCUGUCGCUCGCGCCUCACCCGCCGGAGGAGGUCCUCAGGGACGUCCUGAGGCGGUGGAGGAGCCAGGAGAUUCCGGACGCGAGGCUGAAGCAGACGCUCGUUCUGGCGCUGGGGGCGCUGGGGAAGCAUUUCGCCGCCUUCGCGGAUAAUGCGCAUAAACAGGUCGUGAAAGAGAUCCACAAGGCGAUCUGGGACGCGCUGGACGCCUGCAAGGACGAGCCGUGCAAGGUCGUCCUGCUCCGGGCCGUGAGGAACCUGGGAGCGACGGGAGACGUGGAGAUGCUGCUGGAUCACGUGGUGCACGGCGAGAGGAAGACGGCGGUGGUGGCGAUGAAGGCGUUGAGGAGUCUGCCGCUGGAGGCGCUGAGGGGCGAGGGGGUCAGGGCCGUCUUGGAGGAGGUCUACUUUCAGGCGGGGAGGAGGUACGAUUCCACGGCGAGGACGAUCGCGGGGGAUCUCCUGGUCGAGUUGUACCCGAGGGACGUGGCGAUGGUCGAGGCGAUGUUUCGGGGACUCCAGGAUCUCCAGUCGUACGAGGUGAACACGUUCGUGUUGGGGAGGCUGAGGGAUCUGGCGACGAGGGACGAGGGGACGAGGGAGUUGCUGAGGCGGUACGAGGCCCGGACGGAUUAUCACAGGCUGGCGCAGGGGGGGAAGAGCACGUACUUCACGAGGGAUUUUUAUCGCGACGUGCCCGAUGGGAGCAAUAGUACGUUUUCGUCGGGGCUGGAGAUCAGUGCGGGGUUGCUCAAGUUGGUCACUUUUGAUGCGCACAUGCAGAAUUCCUUGGGGUCCCUCGAUUAUCUUCAGCCGAAUGAGCCUUCUGACGUUUGCCGGCAGGUGGCACUGUACACGGCAGGCCUCCACACGUACAGCAGCAAGGAGCCGGAUCCGGAGGAUCUCAACGACGUGGCGACGGCAGGGAUGGAGCUGUCCCUGUUGGGGACCCAGCUGCGGCCCUUCGUCUUCUUCGAGGGGCAGGGGGAGCUCAUGGGGCACAUAUGGUCGGGGACGGCGUCCACUCGCACCCCUGCCAUUCAGGGGACGUACAUCCUGCACGAUCACGUGGAGUCGAUCCCGCUGUCCAACGGGCUCCUCGGACGGAUCACGUUCACGGGUUCGGUCUCCCUGGACCUGGGCGGUCAGAUUCAGACCAGUCUCUGGUACAAGACCUGUCACUUCCAACGUCGACACCAGAGUAGUGGCACCCAGCUUCAGCUCGGUGGGAACACGUUCAGGUGGUUGACAAUGAGUCCUACUGACUUAGAUGCUUUCCAGAUGAGUCCCUCCAAGAAAAUAGCCGGGGUGGUGAUUCGUGGACGAGUGAGUGCCGAUACCCCUUUCGUUCAAAGCAAGAUCGAAGUCACACUUGCUGCUCAACCUCAACUCGACAUUGUAAGCGACAUGGACUUCUCCGAGAAGACGAUGAUGUGCCUACAGAUGUCUCAACCUGACUUUGUUCUCAAGCACACAGUGAGGAAAGCAGAGCAUAUCAUCGGGCAGCAACACCGGCUGCGAAAGAUCGCCCGACGCACGCGUCCGGUCCCCGGUUGCACGUACCUGAUGAACAAGAAAGGCAGGGAUGGAGCUGUCCCUGUUGGGGACCCAGCUGCGGCCCUUCGUCUUCUUCGAGGGGCAGGGGGAGCUCAUGGGGCACAUAUGGUCGGGGACGGCGUCCACUCGCACCCCUGCCAUUCAGGCGAUCAGAAACGCACGAUACGUUUGCGAACAGGGGACGUACAUCCUGCACGAUCACGUGGAGUCGAUCCCGCUGUCCAACGGGCUCCUCGGACGGAUCACGUUCACGGGUUCGGUCUCCCUGGACCUGGGCGGUCAGAUUCAGACCAGUCUCUGGUACAAGACCUGUCAAUCCUGCACGAUCACGUGGAGUCGAUCCCGCUGUCCAACGGACUCCUCGGACGGAUCACGUUCACGGGUUCGGUCUCCCUGGACCUGGGCGGUCAGAUUCAGACCAGUCUCUGGUACAAGACCUGUCAUUCCAACGUCGACACCAGAGCCGGGGUGGUGAUUCGUGGACGAGUGAGUGCCGAUACCCCUUUCGUUCAAAGCAAGAUCGAAGUCACACUUGCUGCUCAACCUCAACUCGACAUUGUAAGCGACAUGGACUUCUCCGAGAAGACGAUGAUGUGCCUACAGAUGUCUCAACCUGACUUUGUUCUCAAGCACACAGUGAGGAAAGCAGAGCAUAUCAUCGGGCAGCAACACCGGCUGCGAAAGAUCGCCCGACGCACGCGUCCGGUCCCCGGUUGCACGUACCUGAUGAACAAGAAGAAUUCUAAAUUUUGCAAUAUCAUGUUCAAGGACAAGUCUUGAUGAAGUCCCUUCCCAUAAAUGUACCAGUACCUGCACUGCCUCCUCCUCCUCAUCUUCCUCCCCCCCCUCACUCUCUCAC